CCGGGGGGGCGGUGUCACGCACGGCGGCGGCGGCUCGGCCUCUGAGCGACGUUAUUUUGAAGGGCGGGGGGACGACGGAGUCUGCCGGAAAGAUGGCGGCGCCCGUGUCGCCCUUGGUUACCGCAGCCAGACACGCUGCCCGCCUGCUGCCGGCUCGGGCCGCGGCCCCGCGGAGAGCAUACACAAUUCAGGCAGCUGAGAACAUAGCCCCUAAUACUCUGGCAGAUGCUAACUCUAGGGCCUUGUUGGUUUGCAAUGGACCUUUAGAACACUAUGACUUUCUGAUCAAAGCAGAAGAGCUGCGGAAUGAUGAACAACAACGAAGAGUUGUACAAUGCUUACAGAAGUUACACGAGAACCUUAAAGGCUACAGUAUCAGUCCGAACAAUCUUCUGUUAAAGCUCUUUGCAAAAAGCAAACCUCCGAAAGGUCUUUACAUCUAUGGAGAUGUUGGCACAGGAAAGACAAUGGUGAUGGACAUAUUUUAUUCUUAUAUAGAAGUAGAGAGGAAAAAGAGAGUCCAUUUUCAUGGUUUCAUGCUAGAUGUACACAAAAGAAUACAUCGUCUUAAACAGAGCUUGCCUAAAAGGAAGCCAGGACUAAUGGCCAAGUCAUAUGAUCCAAUAGCCCCUAUAGCUGAGGAAAUAAGCGAGGGGGCCUGUCUCUUGUGUUUUGAUGAAUUUCAAGUCACUGACAUUGCUGAUGCCAUGAUUCUGAAACAGCUUUUUGAAAAUCUGUUCCAAAACGGGAUUGUCGUCGUGGCAACAUCCAAUAGGCCACCUGAAGACCUCUAUAAAAAUGGGCUUCAGAGAGCUAACUUUGUACCAUUCAUCACUGUGCUGAAGAAAUACUGCAACACAAUCCGACUUGAUUCUGGAAUAGAUUAUAGGAAACGGGUUCUUCCUGCAGCAGGGAAACUUUACUACCUCACAAGUGAAGCUGAUGUGGAGGCUGUCAUGGAUAAGUUGUUUGAUGAGCUGGCUCAGAAACAAAAUGAUUUAACUAGACCAAGGAUUCUAAAAGUGCAAGGCAGAGAGCUGAAGCUGAAUAAAGCUUGUGGAACCAUUGCAGACUUCACAUUUGAAGAGCUAUGUGACAGACCAAUUGGAGCUAGUGACUAUUUGGAAAUAUCUAAGAAUUUUGACACAGUCUUUGUUCGUAACAUACCACUACUUACCAUAGCAAAAAGGACCCAAGCUCGCCGCUUCAUUACUCUUAUUGAUACAUUUUAUGAUCAUAAGGUACGUAUUAUUUGUUCUGCAUUGACACCUCUCCAAAGCUUGUUUCUGCUAGAACAUCAUGACAGUGGCCUGGAGGAAAGCAGAAUACUGAUGGAUGAUUUGGGGUUGAGCCAGGAUUCAGCUGGAAGACUUUCCAUGUUUACAGGAGAGGAGGAAAUCUUUGCAUUUCAACGAACUAUCUCACGACUUACAGAAAUGCAGACUGAACAGUAUUGGAAAGAUGGGGACAGAAGCAAAAAAUAAUUGUAGCUCAAAGAUGAACAAAACCUCUCAGGACACAGAAAAAGUAUAUAAAGAAAAAAGAUUCUAAUAGAAUUGGAAGCAUUUUUAAUAUAAAUGAAUUGAUUAUUAUUGCACUUGUCCUCUGGACCAUAACUUUCCUUCUGCAAUGUUUACAUUUAAAAUGUAAGAGCUUAGUAAGUUGUGGUUUUGGUUUUGUUAGGUUUCUUUGACACCUCCAGCUUGUGGAUCUGUUAUUAUGCCUUUUAUAUUUGUUUUUUUUUCUCUAGUACAGCAUGACUUCAGUAUUCAACAUGGUUAACUGUGUCCAGCAGCGGCUCCAGGCACCAGCACUCCAAGCAUGUGCCUGGGGCAGCAAGUCGCAAGGGGUGCCCUUCCGGUCCCUGUGAGGGCGGCAGUCAGGCAGCCUUCGGUGGCUUGCCUGCAGGAGGUCCGCCAGUCCCGCGGAUUCAGCGGCAAUUUGGCGGUGGGUACACUGAAGCCAUGGAACUGGUGGACCUCCCACAGGCAAGCCGCCGAAUCCGCAGGACAGGGAAUCUCCCGCAGGUAAGUCGCCGAAGGCAGCCCGCCUGCCAUGCUUGGGGCGGCAAAAAAGCUAGAGUGUCCCCUGACUGGGUCAAGAUCCUUCUUAGGCUGCAGCACAAGUCAACUAUAUAGGCAGGGGUCAUAGUAAAUCGGGGCUGCACAUCUUAGUUUUUUAUGCAGUAUUUUUGUCAUAUUUAUGACAGCUUGCACAAAAGAAAGAUCAAAGCCACACAAAUCAAAUUUACUUGUAUUUUAUACUCUGCUCCCUCUAGAGUCAGUCUGUAAGAUUCUAGAACUCCUGUGUCCUAUCUUUUUUUUUUCCUAACUCUUACUAGGAGCCAUCUGCUGAACUUCAAAUUUCUUCUCUUCUACUGAAAAGAUACGCAUCAUUCUCUGAUAGUUUCCUGAGGUACAUAUACUUGAUCAUAAGCUGGUUCGUUUAUAAACCGACCUCCCCCAAGAUGGAUAAGUAAAAAUGAAAAAUGUUUAUAACCCGUUCAUAAACCGACCCUAUAAUUCAUGAGGUCAGCAAACUUUGGCUCCCCGGCCAUCAAGAUAAGCCCCUGAGGUCCGAGAUGGUCUGUUACCUCAAGCAGCCACAGGCAUGGAGGUAAACCUAAGUAAACAAAGCGACAGAGUGUCCCGGCUUGCCAGCUGCUUACCCUGAUGGGCCGGGACAGCAACUGGUGGGGAAAUUUUUUGAGGGAGAGAAGCUGGGAGUCAGGGGAGUAACCCCUGUGACCACCCCCCCACAUGACCCCACCCCUUGCCCAGGACCCCCACACUCUCCCGUCUCUUUCCACCUUAUCUGGAGAGGAUGUCUGUGGGCAGUGCAGCCUGCAUGUUCCAGCAAGCUGGGCCGGGUGGCACAGCUGCGGCAUGCUCCAGCAGUGCAGCCACAGCCUGCUCUGGGGGCCAGGGCCAAGCGGCACAGCUACAGCCUGCCAGCCCCGGAGCUGCAGCUGCUUUGGAGGUUGGGGGGAGAGCAGCGUGGCCAGAAGCGGAGAGACUCUGGCCCUGCCUCUUCCUUUCUGGCUCUGCUGGCUGUGCUGCCUCUCCUUGCUCUCUCUGUUGCGGGGAGGGGCUGUGUCCCACCUCUCCCCCUCUAUACCCGUUCAUAAGCCGACCCCCUUCUCUGGUGCUUCCCUUUUUUACUAAAAAAAAAAAAAUUUGGCUUAUGAGCAAGUAUAUACGGUAUUGCCUGCUGUCAUUCUAAUGAGGCUGCUGCUGCUUCAUCUUACAGCCUGAAAGCCAAGGGCCUGAUCCUGGGGACGGGAUGAGCCUUAGCAGGAGGUGAGGGUGCUUGUCACCUUAAAGGGGCGAGGUCCAAGUAAAGAAGGGUGAUUAAAAAAAA